ACACGGCGAAGAUCUCUCAAUCACGCAUCGGUGAUACCCGAUGAUGUCGGAGACAACGCUGAAGAAAAUCCGAAAGGGCACCCGAAGUUGCACCGAGUGCCGUCAGCGCAAGACUCGCUGCAUAUUCACUCAGCCAAGCGACAACGUCUGUCAAGCUUGUCGCGAGAGGAACCGACAAUGUAUUCCACAAACUCACGUGCAUCGACGACGUAGUGGCCAAGUAUCGCGCGAUCCGCCGUCAAAUGAUCGUCUGUAUCGGUUAGAACAGCAAAUUGCAAUCAUCAGCGCCCGAGUCGGACAAUCAAGCAAGCCGGUACAGUCAGCAGCAGAUGAUGAGACCGAAUCUUCUGGUGACGAUGAUGCCCAUCAAGAUCCUGAUGAUGCCAUUGAGCUGUUAGCAAAUGCUGCGACAGGUAUACUUCCCGGAGGCGCGGCCCCUCCAACUCAUAUGCGACUGCUGUUCGAUAAUGCGCUCAUCGAUCUAAGUGAUAAUACUCAGCGUGACACCCAAAUUCCUCAAGGCAUAGAGGGUCUCGCAAACGAGGUUCGCUCUAGCUCAUCACGGUAUCUUUCUCAAGCGAGGAAGAAGUUGCAGCGAUUGAUACCGUCGCGGUCCGAUGUUCACACGAUUGCCACGCAGGGAGCAGGCUCUUUGCACUUCUACACCGUCUUCUUCCCUGUAAUGUCUGUGAUGAACAAGCCAGAAGCUAUACAUGAGGAAUAUGACGACUAUAUGCAUGCUGCUGCUGAUCCUACGGGCAUUGCUGCAUUUCUGUUGGUCCUCGCAAUGAUGAUACGACAGUUGCCAGCAUUAAGUCCAGGCAGCAUUCUCGAGAGCGUGGGAAGCAUCCCUCGAUUCGUCAAUACAGUGGUUCGUACAGUUCGCACCACCGUUGUGGCGUACAACAAGAUCGCACCAACAUUGGAUGGGUUUGAAACGACAAUAGUGUAUAAUCACUUACUGCUUGCGCGUGGCGAGAUUCGAGAGACUUUACUCUCACUGCGCAGCCUCGUGGCAUUGGCAGAGCUUGUCAGUCUUCCGCGUGUGACAUCACAACUUCUGCAGCAACAACGAUUGGCCUUGGCAGAUCCGACGAGUUCUCAUUCUGUGACCCUGGAUCAAAGAAAAAAGCUGUCAAUCCUGGAGUCACUUUGUGCGUCCGAUCGCAUGGCCUCAAUGAUGUUCAACCUUCCUGCAGCGACAUCAAACUUUCGAUUGCCUCCACGAUCUCUCCUUGAGCCCAACGGAGACAUUAACCCCCAAGCCUUCGCCUUUGAGGUAGCCUCUGUUGCGACUCGUGUGCAAGACAUCGAUGAAGACUUUGCCUCUGGUCUGACACCUGCCGAGAUCUACGACAAAGUGUUAGCCGCCGAUCGCAAGUUACGCGUCUUGAUCGCAAGGACUCCUAAACAAUGGUGGAACAGCUUCUCGGAUGAAGCCAAAUGGCAUUUCCCCACUCUCAUUGCACAAUUCUUCCUUUACUACGUCACGGUCCGUGUGCACCUCCAUUUCGCCCUGAACGACAGUGACGACGAUGAGGCCGACGCGGUCGGCAAUGACCAUGCCUGGUCGAGCACCGCCACGUACGCUUACAGCCGCAACACGUGUAUUGAAGCGUGCAAAAACGUCGCCCGCCGCCACCCAAGCCUACGCGCACAACUACCUAAGGGCUUUUUCGUAGCCCGCCUCAUGCACAUGCAAGUCUUCACCUGCGCUACAGUGCUCCUGCUGGCGCGAUACCAAAACAUGCGCGCGAUGGAGAAAUCCGAAUCAAAUGCGGUACAAAUCAACGAGGUUCAAGAAAUGCUUGACUUGGCAUUGCAAAUGCUAGGUGGUCUGGAAGGCGACGCGAAUGAACUCGGCGGCGAGUUCGCACGCGAUGCUGCUGUGGCUUUACGCUCACUGCACUCGCUCCUCGACGACCCUACUGUUGCGCCGACAGAGAGGCUAGCGAUUCAAAUUCCCAUGCUGGGCAAAGUCCAUAUCGGUCGGCGUCCGCCACGACAAGCGCCAGUUGUUCCACAAGCUACGCCCAUGCCGAUCUCGCCAUCAGGUCUGAACACGAUGCAGCUUGAUCUAGCAGGCGGCGGAAUAUCCGCACCGCUUCCGCCCAUGUAUGCGCCUGCUGCGCCGGCCCCGCCUCCUCAGCAGGAGGACAUGUCAUGGCUGCUCGAGUUGGAUUUGAACUCCGCGAUGCAGAAUCCUUUCAUGACUGCUACGGGUGCGGAACUUGAUGGGUGGAUGGAUUGGAGUGCCGAUGGAUUAUACCCAGAUAUGCCAAGUUAGAUUAGAGUUAGACUGUAACCCGAAACACGGUAUUUAUGCUCUUCGUCGAAAAUGAGGCUUCUUAUUUCCUGGGCUUGAAACGAUUGGCAGCGUCCAUGUCGCCGCGGCCGAGCGACAUUCAGGCAAUUGAGAUAAGAAAUCCCUCCGUUUGGGUCGUUUGGACAGAAAAUCUGAAGGAAAAGUCCUUUAGAGAGAGUAAUUGCAGUAUUGUCAAUGAUCCGUAAUGUUUAUACAGGCCCUUCUGGCGCAAUAAUCCAUUGUAUCAUCGCAAGCGGACUACCGUCACGCGCCUAUCCUCCCAAAUCGCACGUCUCAGCCUCUAAAAUUCAGCAAUGACAUCGCCCUUCAGCUUUCCGCGUAGUGAGUAUUUCC